UGUGCUGUGCGGACAUGUACAGCAGGGCUCCUGUACGAUUAGUUUAAUAAAAAAAAAAUUGUAAAAAUAUUGUGAAGAAUCCAAUUGCUUUACAGCUACUUCUCUUUCAUCUGAUCCAAAGACAUAGCUCCAAGGUGCUGGCUUAUUUAUUUAAUCAGAAAUUGUAGUUGUUUAUUUUGACUGGGGGGACCAAGAAAACUUCAACAGUGAGAAAAUUGACAUUAUUAUCCCUCACAUGUUUAUUAAACAACAUUUUAUGUUUAAACUAAUUGCCCUCUAAGUAAAGGCUCUACCUCGAAUGUAACUUUUGUGCUGUCUCUUCUGCAGUUUCUGUUGACCCAAAGAUAACUCUUUGCAUAUAUAUGUGUGUGUGUAAUUCAUAUAUAUGCACAAACAUAGUAUUCCUCUUCAUCAACAGCAACAACAGCUUCCCCCCCCUUACUCAAACAGCUAUACCGACUCUUCCCGUCAAGCAAUCAAUUAACAAAGUUUCUUUCAUUCGAUCAUCUGCUUUACUGUUUGAUCUUUGCCUGGAAAUACAAGGGUGGAAGUGGAGAUCGAUCAACAUUGCUUCUUCAUCGGCUUCUCUGUUUCAGGUUUCUUUAGUAUUCAGGCCAUGUCUCAGGAGAAGGCUCUGCCAUCCAAUGAAAGUCAAAGCUCAGAGCUUUAGAGAAGAAGAGUCAUCGAGGAACACGGUGGAUGCUAAUAUGAGUCUCCUAAGGAAGAGGAUAGAUGAGGUGAGGAUGAAGGAGAGGCUAGAGAGGUGCUGCAGGAGUGAGUUGGGUUGGAAUUACGCAGCUGAGUACAAUCCCAAGCUCAGGAGGGACAAGGCAGCAACCGAGCUGUUCGAAUUGGUAAGUUUAUCUUUCGGAACAAUCGCCUUCACCCUCAUCAGUUGCACAGCCUUUCUCUGCUUAGCUUCCCUUCUUGCUCAUUUGUGAAACAACACAAACUCCUAAUUACAGUUCGAUUAUUCACCUUGAUCUUUACAUAUAUUCUAAGAUUCAUUUGUAACGUAAACGUUUCAAGUCAUACCAUUUGCUCGCUAUGUAAAUGGAACAGAUUGCUUGUAAACAUCUUUAUUAUUAUUAAUCAGACUUGUAAACAUCUCGUCGUUCACUUAUUGAUUGGACAGUGUCUGGCAUCUCUU